UAGUCGUGUCGCAUGAAAGAGAACCUUGAAAUUGUAAAUUAUCGUAAAGAGACAUGACAUCGAAAACAUUCGGCGGAAAGCAAAGAAAUGAGACGAAACGUAUUGUAACGAUAAUAAGUGGAAAACCAUAAAACUUGCGAUAAAUAAAUUAAAAGUUAAAUUUCUUUGUAUCGCUCUACAAAUGUUCGCACAGUUUUUUCGAUAUUUUGAUCGUACACUUAUUCUUUGUAUCAGCUGAUGAAUUUGCUAUAACGAGAAGAAAGUUUUUAAAAAUUCAUAUUUACAUUUCAUCGACAUAAAUAUUGUCAUGGCAGACCUCCUGGAGGAAUUAAACGGUGAUCAGACUGAAAAAGUUAUUCAGUUUCAGGAUUUGACAGGCAUAGAAGAUUUAUCUGUCUGUAGAGAUGUUUUGCAAAGGCAUAAUUGGAAUUUGGAAGUGGCUGUUCAGGAACAAUUGAAUUUAUAUGAAGGACGUCCGUCAAUGUAUGCACAAGAUUCAAGAUCUAGGCCACCACAAGUCGUUGAUGACAGUAGUUCUAGAAUAUAUUUUAACCAUGCAAGUAGUUCGAGUGGUGGAGGCGGUGGUCUUCUACCUUAUAUCUUUUCUAUGUGUUAUAAUAUAGUUUGGAGUAUCUUGCAGCUAGGUUUAGCAAUAUUUAGGUCAGAAGUCAGGCCCAUUUCUUCUGAUCCAGUGGAAGAUGUAAUGACAUUCAUUAGAUCAUAUGAGGAACGUUAUGGCAACGUCCAUCCUGUAUUUUAUCAGGGUUCUUACAGUCAAGCUCUAUCUGAUGCCAAACAAGAGUUAAGAUUUUUAUUAGUUUAUUUACAAAAAGAUGAGGCCCAAGAUACUGAUCAAUGGUGCAGAAAUACAUUGAAUGAUCCUGAAGUUAUACGAUUUAUAAAUACUCAUACAUUAUUUUGGGCUUGUAAUGUACAAUCUGGAGAAGGCUAUAAAGUUGCAGAAUCUCUUAAAUCUGGCUCUUAUCCUUUCUUGGCUAUUAUUGUUUUGAAAGACAAUCGAAUGACAAUAGUUGGACGGAUGGAAGGUACACCAUCUUCUGCUGAUUUAAUAUCACGUUUACAAACAAUUAUUCAACAGAAUGAAAUUAAUUUAAUUCAAGCACGUCAAGAUAGAGCAGAACGCAGUGCUGCACAGUCAUUACGUCAACAGCAAGAUCGUGCAUAUGAAGAAUCAUUACGUGCUGAUCAGGAAAAAGAUCGUAGAAGAGAGGAAGAACGUAGGGCUCGAGAAGAACAAGAGGCACGUGAAAAGGAACAAUUAAAUGCGCAAGAACAGGAAAUAGAAAGAAUUCGUCUUGAAAAAGAACUUACUGUUCACAAAAUACCUAUGGAACCUGAACCUGCUAAUCCUAAUGCUUGUCAUUUACAAAUUAAAUUGGGUGAAAGGACAAUGAAAAGGCGAUUCCUUAUGUCUGACACAAUUGAAGACGUAUAUCAUUGGAUAUUUAGUCAACCGGAUUCCCCUGCAAGUUUUGAGAUAACAACGAGUUAUCCUAAAAGAAUCCUAUAUCCAUGCAGAGAUAUUUCAACUUUAUCAUCAGCUGGCUUAACCCAUAGAGAAGUUUUGCAUGUUAAUGAUUUAGCUGACUAACCUUGAUUAAUAAUUCAAUAAUUCAUUCUUAAUAUUUUAAGUAUCAUUCCGAUAAAAGAAUGAUACUAUCACAAGAGGAACUUAUCAAAAGAUUAUAAUGUGUGUGUAUAUAUAUAUAUAUAUUAUAUUUGAUAUGUAUAUAUAUAUAUAUAUAUUUGAUACAUUCUAGUAUUUUAUGUAAAGUUCAGUCUACUGAGAUGAGAAAAUAGUUAUAAAAGAAUGUCAUUGUAUGAACAAUAUGAUACAAAGAUAAGUAUUGAAAAGGUGUUCAUUGUGUUAUAAUUUUGGAGAGAAUUGUUGGUAUUAAAAAAUGGUGGCCAUAAGUAAUAUGUUCAUUAAAAUAUAUAACUAGAAAAAGA